AUGCAUUGUUCAAGGGCCCUUGCAGUCGUUGUUUCGUGCCUCCGCAGCAGCAGCAGCAGUUGCAGCGGCAGCAGCACGCUCCGGUACAACUUCCAUACCAGCACUCCCUACAGCAGCAGCAGCAGCAGGCAAAAAAAAGGAUGCAGCAGUCUCGCCGCCGCCGGUGGCCCCGCUGUGGAUGCGUGGAGAGGCACAGAGAAUCAGCAGCGACACUACCAGCGGGCGCAGCAGCAGCAGCUACAAAUCAAUAGCAAAGAACAGAAACUGCUCAGUGCUGCAGCAGCAAGAUGGCAGCGCUUUUGGCACCGGGAGAAUCCUCACGCCCCCCAACUCAUUAACACAAUGCGCAGCAGCAGCAGCAACAGCAGCGACAGAAACGACGGCAAGAGCAGCAGCAGCAAGCAAAGCGAUAGCAACAGCGGCAAUGGUAGCAACAGUAACAACAGCAGCAGCAUCAACAGAAACAACAGCAGCAACAAAGAUGUAGUUCACGUCGUUCUCAUAAAUCUAGGCUCCCCCAAAAAGCCGACUUACACCGCACUGUGGAAGUACCUCGGGCGCGAUCGGCGCAUCGUUGAGCUGCCAAGAGCUUUUUGGCUGCCGCUGCUGCACCUCAUCAUUCUUCCAUUUCGGUCUUGUAAGGUAGCAGCAGCAGCAACCGAAGCAGCAGCAACAGGAGCCACAGCAGCAACAGCAGCAGCAGUAGCAGCAACUGCAGGUGUCUUGUGUGUGUCUUCCUGUUCAGUGCUUUCAGCAAAAAGGUACGCCCUUAUUUGGCUGUCUGCUGAAGAUGUUAAGGAGCGUCUUUCGGCUGCCGCUGCUGCACUGCAGCAGCGACAGCGCCAACAGCCAUCGUUGCUGCAGAAGCAGGUGCACGAUGUAUUAGAGGGGGGGUCUGCUCCGCCACUGCUGGUGCAUCUGCUUGCUCUUGCUGCUCGGCUGCAGCAACGCCUUGACGAGCUGCAGCAGCAGCAGCAGCAACAGCAGGAACCUGACCAACAACAACAACAGCAGCGGGAGCAGCAGCAAUCGUUGCCUCGCUUUGAAGUCGUGGCCUGCGUGCGCUACGGGAACCCAAGUAUAGGAAAUUGCUUGCAACAGCUGCAGCAGCAGCAUCAGCAACUGAAGCUGCUGCUGCUGCCGCUCUAUCCGCAGCCCACAGCAUCGUGCACAGGGUCUGCAUUCGACUCUGUCUUCCAUGAACUCACUAAGUGGCGGUUAGUUGCUGCUGCUGCUGCUGAGAUUGCUGCUGUCCCUGCGGCUGCUGUUUCUCUGGCUGUAGCUGGCGCUGGCGCUGCUGCUGCUGAUAAUGAUGAUGAUGACCAACUGCGGCUGCUGACGAGCUAA